UUUUUUUCAAAGGUAUUGUGAUGGAAUUAUUAUGAACUGUUAAAAAUUGAAUGAAAUAGUCUUUGGAUAUUUAAAAUACAGACAGCAUCUGGUAUUUCUGUGCUGAAUAUUAGCAACAAUCUGAGCAAAGAGGUCGGGAUUUUAUCACAACUACGUCCAAAAUGCCGCAACUCAAUAAUUCUGACGACGCGGCGAAUGACGAACCGACGAGGUAUAAUGUCGAAGAAUGCGAAGAUGAUCCUCGUUGGAACGAAAAUUUAAAUGAUAUCAAGGGAGCUUUAGUAGAUGAUUUGGAUAGAGACACUUCAAGGGGUGGAAAUACGAGCAAAUCGGACAGCCAUGGCGAAUCAAGCAACAAAAGCCGACUCGAAAGAGACGAUCCAAGAGACGAAGCAAAGGGACCGGGAAGGCCGUACCCAUACCCACACGACAUCAGUUCAAUAGUUUCAGGUCUCCCACCAUCAUUUUUUCAAAAUGGAGGACUCCCCCCAAACAGCAAAGUUCCAUAUCCAUAUAACCCAUACCAUCUGCUUUAUGGGGCUGCAGGGGACGAUGCAAAGGGAGGUAUGUCAAGGGGGCAUCACCCAGAAAUUCCUGCUAUGUACCCACUACCGGGACAACUGGGGCACAUUCCUCACCCACUGGCACCUUGGCCUACAGCACCGAUAUACCCAAUGUGUACGGCAUCGACAAUUGCCCCCAUGCUACAUUACACCAAUCCAUUUGCCGCAUUCACAAGCGCUGCAGCAGUGGCCGCGUCCAAUAUGUCACACUUUCCUCGAGCGCCACCUGGAAUGCACCAUACUAUGAUUCCUCACCCCGCUAUGGUCUCGAAUGGACCCCUCGGAAAUUUGGGAGGCGGCCAACACCCCCAUCACGGAAAACAUGACGCUGAUAAAAUGGGUGGGCGCCAUUCAAAAUCAGAAUCCGAGCACGGCGUAGGUCGAGCAAAACGUGAUCGUCCGUAUGUAAAGAAGCCGUUGAACGCAUUCAUGCUUUAUAUGAAAGAACAAAGAGCCAAAGUAGUAGCUGAAUGUACAUUGAAAGAAAGUGCAGCAAUUAAUCAGAUUCUUGGACGAAAAUGGCACAGUUUAUCACGCGAAGAACAGCAGAAAUAUUAUGAAAUGGCUCGGAAGGAAAGGCAGCUGCAUCUUCAAAUGUAUCCUGGAUGGAGUGCGAGAGAUAACUAUGGCAAAAGAAAAAAGCGGAAGAAGGAGAAAUCGCAAGGAGAAUGUACAGCUCAAAAUCCCAAAAAAUGUCGAGCAGUGUUCGGCCUGGAACAACAGCAGUUAUGGUGUGCUCCAUGCAGACGGAAAAAGAAAUGUGUUCGAUACCAGCAUGACGAUGACAGUGAUGAUGAUGACUUGAGUCCAAUGGGCUCACCCCAGCAGUACCAGGGCUUCCCUGGCCAAGGUCACCCAUAUGAUUCAAUCCGUUCCACAUCGCCGCUUUCGAUAACAUCACAAUCAAUCAAUAUUUCAACCAAUGGGAACGGAGAAUUCAAUCCAGCAACUACAAGUUCCUCCUCAAGACUCCACGGGGAUCACCCCUCCCCCCAGAUGCACCCCCACGCUAUCCGCGAAAAUCAUCCCGAUAUAAAGCAGGAAUAUAGGACAUCACCAAGUGGACUGGAUGGCGCUCACAAUAAUAUAUUGAACGGAAACAGCUUUGAUAAGUUCAACGGGAGGCAUCCAGCUCGCACAUCGAGCAGUGAAAAUUCUUUCAAGUCGGAAGGUUCUCCCAACAGCCAGGGUGGCGAUAGCAACGGCGGUCGUGGCAACAGUCACCACGACAACGAAAACAACAAUAACAGCAAUCACAAAGAUCAACAACGUCGUCCGAACUUUAACAGGGGAAACCACGGAAAUAACCCCCCACAAAACAUUAUUCAUAGGCAAUCGUCAGUGCCACCUAGCGGCAACGAUAAUAGAAGCAGUUUUAGAAAAACAAACUCUCUCGAUAGCAGCGACAUGCCGGGGCCAUCCGGGCUCGCUGGUCGCAGAAAUUCAAAUCUACAUAGCCAUAAUACUAGUGGUAACUCUAACACCAGCGAUGGAUCGCCGAGUUCACGGUCUCAUCACAGAAGUUCAUUUAGUAAGCCCUCUAGUGGAUCGAGUAGCUCGCACAUGCACCCCCACCCCUCUCCAUUGCACCCCCAAUCAGGGUUGUACUUGCCGAACCAGUCUGGGACUUCCCCAAUUUUACCCGUCUCCCCACCAUAUAACCACAGUCCCCAUGCUUCGCCUUUUAUACCUCCUUACUCCCCUUACCUCUCUUCGGGUAUGUUAGCUGCUUUUGCCCCCCCUGCCUCCCCCCUCAGCUCCCCACUUCUAUCAAUUUUCAAAGGAAUGUCGCCGUCUAGCCUCGGAGGAGGAAUGGGGGUACCAAACCCCGGAUCUAGUCACGGAAACCAAUCAAGGGUGACACCGGGCGCAGUCGUUGAAGGAAAAUCUUAAUUUAAAGACGAAAUUCCUAUUAUGUAGCAAUGGAGGCAGCUUUUCUGGUUGGUCGUCAUGCCAACCGUUGCUAAGCAGAGACUGUCUGUUGUCAAGGAACCGAUACGCCUGAGAGGUCACAGUUGACUACGGCAGGACUUUGAUGACAAAAAAACGACACUUUCCGAGUUGUCAUAGCUACAAUGAGUAAAGUAACGGUCACAAUAGUAACCCGGCCGUAACCACGGUAACUGAUGACCAUGGCAACACAAGCAGCAAUUUUCUAAUGUUCCAUACUCAGAAUGAUUUUUACUUGAGAUCGACUCAUUUUAUUUUUGAGCCAUUAUAUGGCGGGGACUACCUAUACCUUUUUCGCAAUUUUAUUGUUUUUAUUACUUUUUAUUAUACACUGCUUUUUUCUCUUUGUUUUUAUACACUUUGCUGUCAGAUGAAUAUCAAAUUUUUUUUAAUAUUUUCAGAUAGAAAUUGUGAUUUUUAGGCCGGUUUGAAAAAUAUAUCAAAAUGUUGGGCGCUCCAGAAGUAUGUGUACCAAUAUGGAGGUAAAUAAU